GUCGCGCGUUAAGCGUUCAGCGCAUCGGUUGUCGCCGACUUCAAAUCGCAUUAUGUCUGCCCAAUUGGAGGGUAACAAUGCCAGUGAAAAUAAUAACAAUAGCGUCAAGGAUGUCAGACUCCUGCUGCUGCCAGAGACUUCAUCGGUUGGCAAUCCGACAAGUGUCAUUUCCCGCACUCAAUUGCAGAAGAUUUUCAUUGAUGACCUGACACGGCCUGGAGAUGUGGGGAAUGUGAGGAGGAAACGUGUGUGGCGGGUGCCCUGGUUUAUUUUGCUGAUGUGUUUAAUGCAGAUAUCAUUGCAUUCGAUUGCUAAUGAGUGCAUGCAAAAAAGACUGAUCUUUAAGCCGGAGUGGAGCGGGGAGUGCUGGCGAUUACUGACCUAUAUGCUGCUCCACUCCGAUUAUUGGCAUCUGACCCUCAACAUUUGUCUACAGUGCUUUAUAGGUAUCUGUCUGGAAGUGGAGCAGGGUCACUGUCGCCUGGCCGUGGUCUAUAUAGUGGGAGGCGGUGCCGGUUCGUUGGCCAACGCCUGGCUGCAGCCCCAUCUCCUCCUGAUGGGGGCCUCCGCCGGGGUCUACGCCAUGCUGGGAAGUCAUGUGCCGCACCUGGUUCUGAACUUUUCGCAGUUGUCGCACCGCUUCGCCCGCAUCGCCGCCCUCUUGAUCUUGUUCCUCAGCGAUGUGGGCUUCACAAUAUACCACUUUCGCCACAAUCACAAUCGCAAUCCGCGUAUCAGUCUGGAGGCCCAUAUUGGUGGAGGCGUGGCCGGAAUUCUGUGCGGUUUCAUCGUCUACCGACGCGCCCGACAAUCAUCUCAAAAGGCCAUUUACUUUUAGUCUCAAAUUAAAUAAAUUAUAAUAAACUGUUAAGUUUUAGAAUAAACAUCUUUCAUUCACAGUCAGUUUCCCCUUAAAACUUACUUUAAGUUGUUUAUUAAUUUUUAUUUGUAUUUAUAUAUAUUUGAUCUGAACAUGUUAAUCUCAUUUUAAAAGGCCCAUAAAUAUGCAAUAUGAACAUUUGUAAACAAAGUUUAUCCUAAUCACUUAAUUAAGUCCAUCAAGACGGAAAACUGAAAACUUUAAAAAAGAAAACAUUAAAAUUAUUUUUCUAUGUAAAGAACAUGGUGUGCCAUUAUACUGAACUUUAACUUCAACAAGUUCAAAAACUAUUUCUUUUUGUUAUUAUUCUGUCAAGCACACUGUCUGUCCUGAAUUGAAGAGUCAGCAAAUAUUCGUUUUAUUUCUAUUAUGGACUGUCUAUAUUGUUUGGUCACAAAAACCGUUGUAAACUUGUUAUUCUUCGGUGUUUUGAAUAAACAAUAAUUUUACACCUCAUAAAAGGGUGGGCAAUUUUUUAUUGCUGAUUUUUAUGUGCUGUUUACUUGCCACUCAACUAAUUGGCCUACACUUGUUAACUGAAUGCCUUCUAUGGUGAAUUAAUUGAUUACUCAUCAAGUGGCUUGGUUAAUUAAUGAUAUUGGAGACAGGAAUUUAGAGGCAGGUAUUUCAUAAAUAUUCUGUAAGAAAUUUCGAUGUGAAAUGUAGCUAUGUGGCUGACACUGAUGCAUUAAUAUUAAUUUGUUGCAAUUAGUUAUGUGGACAAAUUUGCAACAAGGCUAAAAAAAAUAAAUAUUUAUAAAGCACUUACCCUGUUUAUUUUAGAAAUCAUUUGGAUUUUAUUCUUUUAUUUUAAAUGUUAAUUUAAUGUUGUAGUGGCGACUCA